AUGAGUAUUAGCGGCGAAAUUAUAAUUGAGGGGUCAGGUAACAGUGGUGGUAGAGUUUCGAUGUUACCUGGUGGCGGUGACAAUGGUAGUUGGGUGGUGGAUGGUGGCGAUGGGGGUGGAGGUGGUGGCAGUGGUGGGGGUGGUGGCGCCAGUGGAGGUGGUAGUGCUGGUGGCGGUGCCAACGUCAUGGCGGUGGUGGUAGCAGUGGAGGUGGAGUCCGCGAUCGUGGUGUUGGAGGGUGGUGGUGGUGGCAGUGAUAGUGGUGGUAGCAGUGGCGGAGGUAGAGGUGGUGGCGAUAGUGGGGGUGGUGGUGGUGUGGGAAGUGAUAGUGGCAGUGGAGGGUAG